CAGGCGAGUCAUUUUUACCUUAAUUAUUUAAAAUUUAAGAUGUGGGGUAUAUAAAGAAGUGGUGGCGGCAAAUACGAGAGUGAAAAUGGAGCAGGAGCAAUCGGAGUUGGUGGAGCACUUCGUGAAGCAAGCCUCUGCUUCCCCCAACGAUCACGCACUCGCUUCCGUCCUCGUCCAAGCCACUUCUCACCCUUCGCUAUUAUUUUUCUCUGAGAUUCUCUCCCUCCCCAAUCUUCUACAGCUUAAAGAAACUGAGAAUUCUGGCUAUCUUGAUAUGCUUCGGUUGUUUGCCCAUGGAACAUGGGGUGAUUACACGAGUAAUUCUGAUCAACUUCCACAAUUGGUACCUGAUCAAAUCGUCAAGCUUAAGCAACUCACCGUUCUUACACUGGCUGAGACAUACAAAGUACUACCCUAUGACCAACUGAUGCAGGAAUUGGAAUUGACAAAUAUUCGUGAACUCGAAGAUUUUCUAAUUAGGGAAUGCAUAUACGCGGGAAUAGUAAGAGGAAAGCUGGAUCAGCUGCAGCGAUGCUUUGAGGUCCAAUUUGCAGCAUGUAGGGACUCAAGGCCUGCUCAACUAGGGAGUAUGGUACAGACACUCUCUAACUGGUUGUCUAAGUCAGAAAUUCUGCUUGUUUCGAUUCAAGAGAAGAUAAAAUGGGCUGAUGCCACGAGUGAAAUUGUCAAGAAGCACAGGGAAGAGGUGGAAGAGAAGGUAGAAAAACUAAAGAAGUUUGUCAAGGAGUUGAAGCCAAAUCCAUAUUGUCUUUCCUUUUAGCUCUCAGCAAGUGAUGCCUAGUACAUUUCUUUUCUUAUUCAUGGGAAUAACAGAACCCUACUAAGAUACCCACAACCUUCUGGAUAGUGUCCUUGAUUUAAUCUAACUCAAUUAGCAAACCGAGGGUCAAACUAUUGAAGGUGUGAUACCCACAUCCUUCUAUUAUUUUCCGUCCUAUUUUAUUCUGGUGAUUGCCUAGAAGCUGCAUAUGUUCAAUCAUGAUAUAUCCUUGUUUUCGUUGUUGUUGAUUGUCACUAUCUAUUUGCGACAUUCAUGGGUGGGAUUCUGAUAGAACUGGAUCAUAAAUAGUAAGAAAAUAACAGAAAAUUUAUUCAAAUCAAUUCCCACUUUUCAACUCAAUAGCAGAUGAAUUCAUAAACUGAAAUAAAUAUUACACAUCUUAGGUAUCCACUAAUUCGCCCUCUUUCCUAUGUAUUCCACCCUUAUCCUUGUUAGAAAUUACUGUCUAUAGAACAGUUACAAACUCUUUAUCUUCCCCAUUUGUGCCUACCUUUUUUAUUACAUUUAUUUGCCUAGUAAACAGUUACGGCUAUUAGUAAAUCGUUAUGACUCUAAUAUUCUGUUACCAUCUUCCUCUUCCUGAUAUAAACCUUCUUAAUGAGUGAUUCACUAACCGAUUCUUAUUUUUGAAUGGAACUAAUCGGUUUCUGUUAAAUUUUACAAAAUAAGUAUACAAUUUUAUUUUUAUUUUAUCCAAGGAGAAAACUCAAAUUUCUUCAUUCUACGAUUUAAACGAAAAGAAGAAAAACAUUAGUUUUGUAUAUUGGAUUUAAUAAAACAAAUUGGAAAUUUCUCACAUUGGCUCUGUAAAGAAUAAUUUUGGGACCAAAACUGAUUGCCCCGUUUUUGAGAAAAAAGUAUAUCAAUCUGCUGAUUCAAUUUAGUUUGACUGGGUUGGUCAGUUCCUUGAGCCCCUCUACUAUAUGCAGUUAGUUUAUAAUUAUAUGGGAUGGGGCAGUUUUGCUACUGGAAGAUAUUUAUGAGGAAAGACUUGUACUAUUACGAAGUAGGGAAACAAAAUCAUGCAUGCUAGAAAAAUAUAGUACUCUAAUAUGAUAACUAUCUGCAUAUAUAUCAUAUC